GGCUGCAGGGACAGGCGCUCCGAGACCGAGACACUAUGCUCGACAGCGUCCGAAGCAACCAUGGGAGUAGUUCACACUUCCAACUUUAAAGAGUUGCUGCACUGAACGUAGACUUGUUCUUAUUGUUUCGACUCUCCUUGACUCAGGGGACUUUUGCUCGUGUCAAUCCUCAAGCAGGAUGUUGUUACUGACGAGACUCGGAAAGCCCGGCACGAAGAGCAGAAAGUCUCUCUGAUGAGAACCACCUCCUUCUACCCGCCACACAAAGGGAACCACGGAACAAGUUCUUUUCUCCCCCCCACGCACCCACGCCAUUUUUCGUUUUUCUCUUUUUUUGAUGUCAUAGUGGGGGGGGCUCUUUGAAAGACAUCAUGGAUCACUUUGCAGCGGAGUGCCUUGUCUCUAUGUCCAGCCGCGCGGUCGUCCACGCUCCGAGGGGCAACAACCGGGAGAUGAAGCCGGAGAACCGGUCGCCUUCCCCCACGAGGAACCCGGAGGACGCCAAAGAACCUGUGGUGAAGGACAACUCCUCUCUGUACGUGGUGGCCAGGAUCCUGGCGGAUUUUAACCAGCAGACUCCCAGCGGCGUGCUCGGCGAGCAGGCGAAGAGCAGGGAGGAGAGCCAGGCCGGCCUGACGGAGGAUGCGAACUGUGCCACACCUACCAUCACCAUCUCGGAUCCGUCGCUCAAACAAAGGGGCAAAAGAUCGAGAGGUCGCAACGAGCCGGAGUCCCCGCAGAAAAAGCACAAAUGCCACUAUUCGGGUUGCGAAAAAGUUUACGGCAAAUCGUCGCACCUCAAGGCGCACUUAAGGACGCACACAGGAGAGCGUCCGUUCCCUUGUACCUGGCCCGACUGCAGUAAGAAGUUCGCCCGCUCCGACGAGCUGGCCCGCCACUACCGCACCCACACGGGAGAAAAGAAGUUCGGCUGCCCACUUUGCGACAAACGCUUCAUGCGAAGCGACCACCUGAUGAAGCACGCCCGGCGCCACUCGGAUUUCCAGCCCAGCAUGCUCAAGAGGCCCCACGGCGGCGGGGUCGGCGGCGGGGCCGGCCACGCCGUGCGUCCCGGCUCCCUCAGCGACUACAGCCGCUCGGACGCCUCCAGCCCCACCCUCAGCCCCACCCUCAGCCCCGCCCUCAGCCCCGCCAACUCGCCUUAAAGUAAACAUCGCACUUUCUGCCUCCAAUGCGUCGAGGCGUGUGUUCUUGUCAUGAUAACACUUGUGUUGUUGCACACUUGUCAGCGGCGACUCCCGUCUUUCCUAAUCCUGCGCUUGCUCUGGUGUACCAUACUGUACAGAACUGCUUAUUGUAGUGCAAUGACAUGUGAUCCUAUAAGAAGGUAAUGCCUUUCCCAGAUGGCAAUAUUUACAUUGUCGACCAUAAGUCUCGAUAUUUCUUCUAAUCAUGGCUAGUCUGUUUGCAGCAACUAAACACAACUUAUAAGACAAAAGAUGCCCUGAUGAGUCUUAUCAAAAUGUUUGUCUUUCAUUGUUCUUUUUCCUUUAAAAAAAAAAAAAAAAAAAAAAACGGGUCAUGAUAAAGGGUACACACACACACACACACACACACACACACACACACCUCAGGAUUGAAGACAGUUUCGCUUAAUACCACAAUACUUCACACAAACUGCACAAUAAACUCAUCACUUUAAAGUUCAACCGCUGGUUGAAUUUUUCACCCUGCUCAGGGAUGGCCUUGUUAGCUUGAACGAAUGGAGAGAAACAGUCAGUCCACACACAUACACAGUAUGUCUAUAUAUGUAUAGCAUAUAUAGACAUGUAUAUACAUAUGUAUCAGCCUUACACUCAACACACUAUUGCACUCUUUCUUUUAUGUCAGCUUCACUUCCUCCUUAAUAAUAAUAAUUAAAAAAAACAAUUGAAAACCUCUUUCACACAGAGAUGGCACAAAAUGAGAGCCGUAACAGUUAUUCGUCUUUGCCUUCUUACACGAAACCCAACAAAGGGGUGUUUGCCACAACCGUGUGCGUUUUGACAUGUCGCCUCUGUAUCCCACAAUCAGAUAAUUAAAUGUGAGACUUCAGCGCCGGCGCCUGGUGUAAAAUAUUUGUUUGACAGCGACAAUAGCUGAAGCGAACUGUUAUGGCUCUGAUACCACUUUCGGGAAAUUGGAGUGUCAGAGCCUUUUUUUAAAGAACAGCGAUGCAGAAAAAUGUCGGCUUUCAAAGCUACCACCGCUGUUCCUGCAGCAGCCAUUCUCUAGGUGGACAUUUAUUGCGGCAAACACCCAGAAUUGGGUUAUAAAGAUACGUUUCAAAGCAGCUGUUUAAAUAAAUAUGGACACAAAGGGACGGCAAUGUGUAUCCCUCACACAAGCACAUCGGGACAAUAAAGUACCAAGGACUAGAAUUGAAUAAGUGAGGCCCGGGGAUGAUUUGGAGCUUGCAAAUAUCCCACAAGAAGCGUCAGGAAGGCUAGCAUGCCACCCAUCUGGCUCUACCUGUCCUGUCAAGACGUCAAGUCUUGUCUCGAUGCUUUCCUUGCUGUCAGCUUUAAAGGAACUCGGAGGUUAAACAAAGUCCAAAGUGCCGGUGGAGCUAUCUGCAAUGUUCAGACGGGAGAAGGCACGUCCUGAUAAAACAAGAGGAGAGGUUUAUCACGACAUGAGCAGAGGAGGAGACACCCUCGUUUCCUGCUUAUGCAAACGACCCAACCAGGAGGGAACAACAGUACUACUUAGACGCAGUGUUUCCCAACCUUUAUUGAGCUGAGGCACAUGCACUAGUCAAAAAAAAAGGUCGGGAUAUUCGACUUUCGGGUAAAAUUUCAAGAUGAACCUAAAAUGUACUACAACCUUUACAGUUGAUCGGAAGUACUAAAACAUUGAACGGUCGGACAUCAAGUUCAACGGUAAGGUCCAAGUGGAUUUUUUGGGUUCAUCCUAAAAUUUCACCAGAAAGCACAAUACCUUUUUAUGGGUAGUGGAUGUUACAUGAGGAAAAAUGUCACACUACACCACCACAAAAGUAUGGGAAGCCUUAACAUUUAAGAGCUAGCCUGGAUAUGUGUUGCAGAUAUCUGUAAUUAAGUUUCGCCUAGUCAAAAACAACAUUUGAGAUAUUCGUAACGACAUUCUUCCUUUCCCCAAUUAGCAUUUCAGAUACCUGCAAUGACAUUUCACCUCGGACAAAUGAUGUCAACUGUGCCAUUCAUGUGUAUGGGCUUUGCCAUUACAGAUAUCCACAAUUGAUUUGGAGAUAUCUGCUUUGUGAAUUGCGUAUAUCUGCAACGGAAUUGUAAAUAUCUCUAACUCCAGUUUGAGAUUGCUACGGUUUGAUUCUGACUGGUCAUAAUUUCAUCUUCAAUUCACCCCAGUUCAAGAUAUCCAUACAUGUUCUUUUCAUAUAUAUUACAUCAGAAUUUCACCAGGCAAAAUGAAGUGGUAGAUAUCUGUGACUGGAAUGAUGACUAGUUGGAAUCAAAUUGUAGCUACAGUAUCUCAAAAAGGAGUUAGCGAUAUCUACAGUUCAAAUGCAGAUAUCUGUAAUUGACGCGUGGCUAGUGGCGGCUGAGUAGUCGAUAUCUGUAAUGAGAAACCCCAUUACACAUGAAUGGCAAAAGUGACAUUGCAGAUAUCAGUAAUUCAGUUUUGACUCAGCAAAAAUGAAUUAGAUGUCUUUGUCAUUACGACUAAUCACAAUUCUGAUGCAGACAUCUUGAAUGAAAAUUCCAACUAUUCAAAAUGUUAUUAUGACUAUUCAGAAGGAUGUUGUUGAUAUCUACAAUGCUAAUUUGGGUCACUCAGAUUUUAAAUGUUGAAUCUGCUGGCCAUGCAGUACACUAUACUGAAAUUAUGACGAUCUUGUCUUUUUUUUAUGCACACAUGGUGUGAAAGCAGGGCCUCUUGAGUUAACACAGCUAUUAUUCUGUUGUAUAAGGUGGAUACACAGGUCAGGUCAGUUGUACCUUCUGCCAUCAAGUGCAAGAGCAUUAAUUGUUCUGCCUCUCACUAUAUGUCACUGGCAAAGAUAGAUCAGCUACGAUACAUUAUUUGUAGUAAAUAAAUCCUGAUUUCCCAACCAUGUGGUGUGAUUGCAGAAUUUCCUGUGGCACACUUGUUGAUCUCUAGUGGUUGGAAAUGACUGAGGAUGAAAUCACCUUUGCCACAAGCAAGCACAGAGACAAAUUUCACACUAUUAAACAGCUGCUUUCAAACGCCUCUGAGCAAAAGGAAAUAUCAUCGGGCUGUAGUGCCGCCUGCGACGCUCCCGUGAGAAAGUCCACUUGUGUUUCUAGAAGCACAUACCACAAUAAGUCAGGCAAAAAAAUAACUUCCAUGGAAAUGAGCACCGCUUAUGCAAACUGGUACAGUCUGCAUCCUCGUGCUUGGAAAUACAGAGCCAUCCAUGUUGCUUUGAUCCCAUCGCAUCCAUCCAGACGGUUGCCAUGGCGAGUGGCGUGUACUCUCUUCAGCCCUCUCCCCUGGCGCCACGCGCAUGUUAACAACUCUGGCAGGUGUACAUCCAUGAAUGGCGGGCCUUGUCCCCCUCCCGCCCCCGCCCUAGCAGCCAUCUUUCUUUUCAAUGAAGCAGCUCUGUCAAAUCCCCCUCAAGACAAAACACCCCUUAGAUCCAAUGCAGCGAUCCCCUUAAACAAAACUAUUUUUCAAGUAGCAGGAUGACACUUAGUAAGAGAAACCACUGAGACAAAAUGUUUUCAAUUCUCUAAAUUGCUGUUGAGCUGCUUUUUGUGCAGGUUUGCAUGCUUUCUUAAUCCAUAAACUGCACAAUUACCUCAGGUUCCAUGGGCUGUAUAUGGGUGUUACGGGAUAAUUUGUUUUCACUGCUGGUCAGUGUCCAGUGAAGCCCCCCCCCCACUCCCACUCCCCUCCCAUCCUCAAGGCCCACCUGCCUCUUAAGUCUUCACAACAUCCUGCCUGAGUCAUAAUUUGCGCUCCCUCAGGCUGAAAUGAAAUGUCCCUCACACAGUGGACUUAAUACACGACAUUGUGUGAAAGAGGAAAUGUCCCCAUCCAUCCUUUCAUUCCAUCCUAUCCAUCCAUGCUCUCGCUGUAACAAAACUACUUGAAUAAUUCAACACAGAAGGCCAUUGAACACCAUUUUGUACAUUCUUACUGUUGUUGUUUUUUUAAAUGACAGAAUAAUAUACUUCCUUGAGGGGAGGGGGUUCUUAACGUUUCCAUCAUCUUCAGGUCAUUGAUGGUUGAAUUGUUUUGUUUUAUUACAAGAACAGUCAUCCACUCAGCAGUGAGCGGUUGAUGGGCGCUUGCUUCAACUUCGACCUGUCCUCCCAAAUUCCUCCUCGUUCCAGGAACAGGGAAUGUUCAGCUGGUGGGCGACAGUUAGUAAAUGAAACUUCCUGACCUCUAUGUAUAUUCAUUUUACACGGAAUGACUCAUUUUCUUUUCUUUUAAAUUGUAUUUGUAUUCCCUUAAAGAGAGUGACCAUGAGAGUUAGCAACAGUCCAUAUUUAGUCCUAAUUUAUAUUAUUGCUUUCUUUUGGUGGUAUAAAAGUGUGUAUAGUUUUCAGGAUCAUACCUCUUCAUAAAAAUGUUUUGCUUUUUGUUCGUAUCUUUUCCAAACACAUGGUGUAGCUUCUGCUUAACAAGUAGCACAAAUAAACUGAUUAUUUGUUUCUGCUUGAAUGACAGGAGAGAAAACGAGGCUUUCUAUUAUGUAUAUAAAUCAUUGGGGUUUGUUUUAUAUAUGUAAAAAAAAAAAAAAAAAAAAAAAAAAGAAACACAACAUGUUGUCAGGGUCCUUCACAUGCUUUGGAUUCAAAGUUUAAAAAGAAAAUGCAAAAUGAGCCACACACAUACUGUGAUGGUUUCAACAUACGGGAUGAUGUCAGCAUUGAAUCACGAUUACAUUAUCAUUAAGAAAGGACUUUAACCAGUAAGGUUCCUAAUCACAUUGUACUGCUUAAUAGUUGACAGCCUAUUGUAAAAAACAAAACAAAAAAAACAAUGCAUUUCAUUGAAUUGACUGAUGAACUAAGCAUAUUUAAAGCUACAUGAAAAAAUUACACGUAGAAUAUUCUCGACUGAUGUCAAAGUACAGGGUUGAUGGAUGUAACUGUGUGCCAAAACACAUAAAUGUCAGAGGGUAAAUAGCUACUAUCAGACAUUGUACAGUUUUUUUUUUAAGUGCUUUUGUGUCAUGUACAGGAUUUAAUGAAGCAAAUGUGCAUAUUUGUUAUAUUAGGUGAACUAUUUUCUGCUUUUAAACCAUUUGGUUGUGUAGCCUCCUUUUUGUUUUAAUUCUUGUUAUUUAAUUUGAUCUUUUGGUUGCUGUUGAUUACACAAGCGAUGUAUAAUGGCUUUUGACAGGUUUUUGAUCAUGGAUCAUUUUAAUGCUAACAGACGAAGCCCGACCAUUCCAAAGGAUUGAAAGUUGCGUUUGCGCUAUACGUGUUGCUGCUUACAUGGACCCGAUUGUUUUUGCUUUUUGGGGGGACUACAAAUGUGUCCUGACUGUCAGUUUUGACACAUUAUGAGUUGUGCACAAGGUACGUUCCUCAUUGUUUCCCAGGUGUAAUCUCUCCUCGUAUUUCCCCUUAGGAACCCUGUGUGGAGCCAAUUAAAAUGAACAACUUCAAGAGUCAAGGACAUAUACAGAGCAUGUCUUCCCUCUAACAAAUUCCCUUUUUUUAAAUAUACAUUUAUGACUAGUUAGUGACUUUUGAGACAGCUUCAUUUGUGGGCUGGCGUGAUUCUUGGGUGUGCAGAAGUUGUUACCAAAGGCUAUGAAGGGAAACAUGAAUGUUGCAGUAAUUUGGUUCAGCAGAGGCUGGGCUUGAUAAUGGACCUUCCUUGAUUCUUAGAUCUCAAAUCUUUCUUUAAAUGAGCAUAAAAGAGGUAUGUAUGUAUGCUGCAACUGGUCUUGUUUUGUUUUCUUUGGUUGGAUGUUGCAGCCCCUUAUAAGGAGGUGUUUAGUGCAGGUUGCGAGGCAGCAAAGGUGUGUGAUUUGGCCUCCCCCGUUUGUCCUCAGUGCAAUGUCGCUCUCUUGAUACCUCGUGUGCGUUUCUCCUCUAUCCAUCACCAUCAGUUGCCUGUUGUAGUGACUCCAACGUGCCCCCCCCCCCCCCCCCCCCCCUCCUCAAAAUCCCUCUCUGGGCCGGCAUCACUCUAAUGUAAUGUGUAAAUAACUCUCGACUCAGCUAUGGCCAGUACAUUCUCCUCUGACCUCACAGUUAACUUUCAGGUGUCGUCUUUGUUUAUUUUUUACUUUUUGUGAGUUUUUCCUUUCAGCAAACCAAAAUCACUACACUCAACAAGUAUUACAGUUGUACAGUACCUUGGAUUCCAACCACAUAUGUAAUGUGCUGGUCUUAGCUGCUCUGCUGUACCUUUCUAUGGCAUUAUUUUUGACAUGUUAGACGAUCUAUUGUGACCAUGUCCUAUGCAAAUAUGAAAAAUAACAAGAUUGUUGAAUAAUGUUGUCAUAACUCGUAUGCAUGGAAUAGUGAAGUUUACAUUUGGAAAUAAAUUCAUAAAAUAUGCAGCUCCAA